UGGCGCUGUGAUCAUGAACUCCGCUGUAAACUCAACAGAUGAAGAGGAGCUGUAGCUUUUUCCCCUUUCUGGGAUAUUUUCUCUCUAAGGAUCUGAUACUAAGAGCUGUAUAAUAAUGGAGUCAGCAGAGAUUCCAACAUGCUUUUCCAGAAACCCUUCACACACUCCUGCUGCUGCUGGCUUACAGCUUUGUGGGAAUGUACAGACAGAAACUUGUACGGAUUCAGGUGGAGGGACAUCUCUAGAACAUCUCCUCACACCUGUGGACCAUCAGAAACAUGCAAAGGAAGAACCUGAAGAUGAAGACUACCUCUGUAAAGCAGCAUCAGCUUCUGUGGGACACAUCACAUCUGUGGAGCAGCAGAAACAUGUAAAAAAGGAACAACCUGAAGAUGAAGACUGUCUCCGUGGAGGGACAUCAAACUCUGUGGAACAUGUAGACAAGGAUAUUAAAGAAGAAGAAGUUGAAGAUGAAGACUACAUCUGUACAGCGACAGUAUGGGAAAUGACUGAUGCCCAGUUUCAGGUCUUCUCCUGCUCCUGGUGUACCCUUUCCUACAGAUUUCAAAAUUACCUCAACAAACACAUCAGAAGAUGCCACUAUGAGGAAUAUGAGAGAGAGUUAAAAUCAGGACAGGUAAAAUAUGACAAUCUUCUGACCACAAGAAGCUCCAGUAUUCAGCAAACCACCUCUGGUACUGACAGCAGUAACAUCUCUUCUAAUCAGCGAAUGGGGAGAGACGUGUAUCCCUGUUCGCAGUGUGGGAAGAGAUUUACUGACCGGAGUAAUCUCAGACGACACCAAUACAUUCACACGGGAGAGAAGCCGUAUCGCUGCUCAGAGUGCCAGAAGAGUUUUAUUCGCAAAUAUGAUCUCCAGAUACACCAGCGUAUUCACACGGGAGAGAAACCGUAUCCCUGCUCCGAGUGUGGGAAGAGUUUUAUUCGAAACUGUGAUCUCCAGAUACACCAGCGCGUUCACACAGGAGAAAAGCCGUAUCACUGCUCAGAAUGUGGGAAGAGUUUUAAUCAACAGAGCCAUCUCCAAACACACUUACACAUUCACACAGGACAGAAACCGUAUCACUGCUCGGAGUGUGGGAAGAGCUUUAUCCGACGGAAUGAUCUCCAGAUACACCAGCACAUUCACACAGGAGAAAAGCCCUAUCAUUGCUCAGAGUGUGGAAAGAGUUUUAUUCGACAGGGUGAGCUCCAAAUACACCAGCGCAUUCACACGGGAGAGAAGCCGUAUCGCUGCGUACAGUGUGGGAAGACCUUUUCCCAAAACAGUAAUCUUCAGCGACACCAGCGUGUUCAUUCAGGAGAGAGGCCAUAUCACUGCUCACAGUGUGGAAAGAGUUUUGCCCAACAUGGGAAGCUCCAACAACACCAGCGCAUCCACAAUAAGGAAAAGCUGCAUCACUGCUCGGAGUGUGGGAGGAGUUUUAAUCAACAGAGCAAUCUCACUCAACACCAGUGUGUUCACACCUGAUUUAAUUUUCAGUGUUGAUGUGCAUUUAUCAUACAGAAGUGCUUCGAGAUCAAACCAUCAGCCUACCAUCUCAUUAGAGCACUGAAUAAGCUGCAGUUCAAAUAGUUAGCAUAAGUUGCGUACGAUACGUAAAUAAAUGUAUUUAUUGUGUUAUCUGUGUCUGUUGGGAGCAAGCUUAGCCUUGUGAAGGUGCUCUUAUUUUGUUAUGGUAAGAAAUAUAAGGAACUACAAGAAAUUAGUACACAGUAAGGCUAAUAAGCUGCGAAUGGCUCGUUCAGCAUAGCUACAGUGAAAGGUCCUAGCGCCCGACACCAAUCUUUAUGUUUACAUCAUGUAUGAAAAUAAUAAUAUGGUAAUAGAACAGUAACCCCAUGCUAAUGCCCUACUUCUGCUUAGAAUUUUGCUCAUUAGAGAUUGAUUUUUAAAUUUAAAAGUUAUUCCCACAUUUGGGUAAAGCUGCUUUGUGACAGUAUCCACUGUUAAAAAGUGUUAUAUAAAUAAAAUUGGAUGGAGUUGACAGUAACAGUGCUCUGAGUUCAGCAUGACUUUGUUUAUUUGAAUAAAGACAUGUGCACUAUGUUCCCCAACACAGCUCGGAAGACUUCUAGUGACUUUUAUAAUUGGAUUAUUGAUAAAGUUAUUGAAUAAGCUCAAAGCACUGUGCUUACACUUCAGAGUGAACACAUCAGUAUUAAAAUGAUAGAUUAUUAAUCUGACAACUUAGAGACUUUCUUUUUUUUAAUGUCAUGGACCUGGAGGAAAGCUACAAAAAGUAUGUAAAAUGAGAUUAUGCCCAAAUGGUGCUGUGAUGCCAAUGAAGACAGUUUGGGAGUCCAGUAUAAGCCCAGCACCAUAGCCUAGAGACUGAGCGAUAAAAGGUCUAUUUCAAGGAAGACUCAUGAUCUGAUUGAUUGUAAGAAUUCAGCAGCUCAGUUGAAAUCGAUGAUGAUAAAAGCUCAGGACUGUCCUGACAAGAGCAAGAAGCCAUUUUGUCCACUUGUUCUCAUCUGAGUAGAGUGAAGAUGUGAAAUCUGUGGCUAUAUCUGAGAGACUCUUUUUGACUUUGAGUGAUUAUAAGAUACAGGUUACAGGAUUAGUGAUGGUCAUCAGCUUUUAUGUUCUCUAUGCUAUACUCUCAGAAACGCUGGACAGUAAGACAUUCAAAACAAAGCAUGCUGUCUGUUACAAAAAAUCUCAGCUGAUAGUAAAGUGACAUCUGAGUCGCAAUAUUCAACUUAAGCUUCAACAGUAUCCUUUCUACACAUAUCCCGUCCUUGUGGGUUGGGGUCAGAGCACAGGGUCAGCCAUGAUGCAGCAGCCCUGGAGCAGGGUGGAAUGGGGGCCUUGCUCAAGGGCCCAACAGUGGUAGUUUGGCAGUGCUGGGGCUUGAAGUCCAACCUUCUGGUCAACAACCCAGAGCCUUAACCACUUGAGCUACCACUCUGGAAGUGUGGAGUUUUUCAGCUGCAGGUACUACAAUCAGGCUCCAGACAGCAUGUUCUACUGCACCCAAGCUCAAGGUGCAUACAUACCUUGCAUCAGCUCCACUGGUGACUUCACAUGCAAUGUGAUUUUCAGCCACAUGAAAGCUAAAAUACUCAAUAUGGUGCCACUUCUGAGGUCUUGGUGAGAAUCUCUACCAGUCUGAUUUAUGGAUAGUUCCAGGUGUUUCCAUGGAUGGUUGGCACAAUUCAUUUUGGUGGACUCAAACAAUCACCUCUGCGAAAGCCAUUUAAUCAUAGGGCUUGUUAGCCAUAUGGCCAAAAGAGCCUUGGACAGAGGAACUUGGGCAACCAAAUAAAAAGCCACUGAAGUUAAAUGAAUUGCCCUGAUGGCAACUUUGAAUGGCCCAUAUUUUGCUCUCAAACCCAAAUGUCUUCAUUGUAGAACAAACACUACAGAGCUGGUCUUCUUGUUCCAUUACUCUCACAGAGGACUGUACAUCAUCUGCUUAGGUGAGGUAU